AUGGAAAAGACAAGAGAUAUGACUAGUAUUAGUAGUGUUCAUGUAAUGAGUGGAAGUGUUGGAAGUGAAGAGUUGGUGACACUUGACAAGAGUGCGCUCAAUAACACAUUUCCUGACCCGGAGUUCGAAGAAGGGGUGAAAACGUAUCGACAGGAAUGGCUCCCAGAAAUUCCGGCCACUUCUGAACAAGUGUUUCAAAGAAUGAGUUUUUCUGAGGCGUUCACCACAGCAUACGAAUACAUACAGUACUUCGCUGUGGGUUUGGAGCAAAUACUGUUGGAUCAGGUGCUACACGAUGGCAAAAUGACCACAGACUUCAAAGACAUAGAGUACGAUCUGUUCCAGUUGUUGUGUGAGAUACAGCUGGGAAUGCAUUUACAAAGCAUUGAGCCAAAGGCGGACGUCUUGCGGCACGUGAUGUCCCAUCAGUACCGCGACAUCAAUGAGGCGUCGCUCCGGAAUCUUCGCGAUUACUUAAUCCUAAGAGAUUAUAUCUCUGCCACCAAUUUUAUAGCCCAGUUGUUUGCAUAUCUCAGAUCCAAAGCUAGAGCCGAGUCGAGUGAGGUUUAGGCCCCCGACCGACGACCAACACACGGACUCUGUAUUCAAAGAUUCAUUGAUUGCCAACACUUGUGAACAAUGUUUUGAAGUUUCAACACUCUCUCUACAAUUACAUGAUUUCAAAACCACUUUACCGUAUAUUUUAAAGCUGUGAU